CGGAAGGAGGAACAAAGUUAACGAAGAAGAAAAACGUGAGUUGAUUUUCAGCUACCCGAAAACGCGGCUAAAAAUUUGAGUUAUAUGAUGAAGGUGAAUUACUAAUUAUAUCUGGGGGCUUCAUUGGCACGUUUAACUACUACUAGACGAGCUAGUCUGUAUUUGCUAGUACUGUAGCAUUGCCUCUACACAGUAGUACUGGUACAUCACCCCUCGUCAUUUUGUCUAGAUUAGCUAGUUAGCUCUAGCAAGGUUAACUUGAUUGGCUCACUGAUGAUACAUAAGUGAACGCAUUGGCUGGCUCAUCAAGCUGAAAAAGACAAUCAAAAUGCAAGACGACUGGUUAUAAAAUCAGUCCGCCCCUCCUCGUGCAAUGUCUCUGGUUUUUACGAGACCCAAUACCAACGCUAUCGGCAAGAAGGACAAAAGACUAAUGGCAGAGGUGAACGCUUCCCCGUUAAAACAUUUUGUGACAGCCAAGAAGAAGAUCAAUGGCAUCUUUGAGCAGCUGGCUGCCUACAUCAAAGAGAGUUCAUCCUUUUUAGAAGACACGUAUAAGAACGAUGAGCUGGACCCAGUCACCACCGAGGAGCAGGUUCAGGAGGUGAGAGGUUAUCUCUCCAAAGUGUCAGGGAUUGGAGAGGUGCUAGCCCGCAGGCACAUGAAGGUGGUCUUCUUUGGAAGAACGAGUAACGGGAAAAGCUCUGUGAUCAACGCCAUGCUGUGUGACAAAGUGCUGCCCUCGGGGAUAGGCCACACCACCAACUGCUUCCUACGCGUGGAAGGCACAGAUGGACACGAGUCUUUCCUGCUCACCGAAGGCUCUGAGGAGAAGAAGAGUAUCAAAACUGUGAACCAGCUAGCCCACGCUCUGCACCAGGAUGAGGACCUGGAUGCAGGCAGUCUGGUGUGUGUCAUGUGGCCAAAGGUCAAGUGUGCCCUGCUGAGGGAUGACCUGGUGCUGGUGGACAGCCCUGGCAUCGACGUCACCACAGAGCUGGACAGCUGGAUCGACAAGUUCUGUCUGGAUGCCGACGUCUUUGUUCUAGUGGCCAACUCCGAAUCCACUUUAAUGCAGACGGAGAAGUCGUUUUUCCACAAGGUCAACGAGCGCCUCUCCAGUCCCAACAUCUUCAUCCUGAACAACCGCUGGGAUGCGUCUGCCUCGGAGCCCGAGUACAUGGAGGAGGUGCGGAGGCAGCACAUGGACCGCUGCUCUGGGUUCCUGGUGGAUGAGCUGGGCGUGGUGGACCGGGCCCAGGCCAGCGACCGCAUCUUCUUCGUCUCUGCCAAGGAGGUUCUUCAGGCUCGAGUCCAGAAGGCCCAGGGCAUGCCAGAGUCAGGUGGGGCUCUAGCCGAAGGUUUCCAGGCCAGAAUGUUUGAGUUCCAGAACUUCGAGAGGCGCUUUGAGGAGUGUAUCUCCCAGUCGGCUGUGAAGACCAAGUUUGAGCAGCACACGGUGAGGGCCAAGCAGAUCUCUGAAGCUCUGCGGCUGAUCAUGGACUCUGUCCACGUGGCCGCACAGGAGCAGAGGAUCCACUGUAUGGAGACCAGAGAGGACCGUCAGGACCGGAUGGAGUUCAUCGACAAACAGCUGGACCUGCUGACACAGGACUGCAAGAGCAAGAUCAAGAAGAUCACAGAGGAGGUGGAGAGACAGGUGUCCAACGCCAUGGCCGAGGAGAUCAGGAGACUCAACGUGCUGGUGGACGACUUCCACCUGGACUUCCACCCCUCACUGGUGGUCCUCAAGGUCUACAAGAAUGAGCUCCACAGACACAUAGAGGAGGGUCUGGGCAGGAACAUGUCUGAGAGAUGUUCCACAGCCAUCACCGCUGCCCUGCAGACCACCCAGACCGACAUGAUCGACGGUCUGAAGCCCCUGCUGCCGGGCCCGGUGAGGGAGCAGGUGGACAAGCUGGUGCCCCGCCAGUGCUUCAGCCUCAGCUACGACCUGGCCUGCGACAAGCUGUGCUCCGACUUCCAGGAGGACAUCGGCUUCCACUUCUCCCUGGGCUGGACCAUGCUGGUCAACCGCUUCCUGGGGCCCAAGAACACGCGGCGAGCCCUCAUGGGCUACAACGACCAGGUUCCGCGCCCCAUGGCCCUCACGCCAAUCAGCACCAGUAUGCCCCCCUUCCCCCAGAACUCCAUGACCCAGGAGGAGCUUAUGGUCUCCAUGGUGACCGGCCUGGCCUCCCUCACUUCGCGCACCUCCAUGGGCAUCAUCGUGGUCGGUGGUGUGAUCUGGAAGGCGGUGGGCUGGCGUCUGAUCGCCCUCUCGGUGGGGCUGUACGGCCUGCUGUACGUGUACGAGCGGCUCACCUGGACCACCAGGGCUAAGGAGCGCGCCUUCAAGCGGCAGUUUGUGGAGUACGCCAGCGAGAAGCUGCAGCUCAUCGUCAGCUACACCGGCUCCAACUGCAGCCACCAGGUCCAGCAGGAGCUUGCGGGCACCUUUUCCCAGCUGUGCCAGCAGGUGGACGUGACCCGGCAGAACCUGGAGGAUGAGAUCACUGACAUGAACACCAAGAUUGAGCUACUGGACACAUUGCAGAGCAAGGCUAAACUGCUCAGGAAUAAGGCAGGCUGGCUGGACAGCGAGCUGAACAUGUUUACCCAGCAGUACCUGCAUCAAGGCCGGUAGAUACCAUCACCCCCGCUCCCAGACGUUCGGUGGAAAGAUGGACCGUGCAGGGUCACAACCAUGGAAAAGACCUAGUGUGUCCUGUGUAUGAGCAAAGACCUAGUGUGUCCUGUAUAUGAGAAAAGACCUAGUGUGUCCUGUAUAUGAGAAAAGACCUAGUGUGUCCUGUAUAUGAGAAAAGACCUAGUGUGUCCUGUGUAUGAGAAAAGACCUAGUGUGUCCUGUAUAUGAGAAAAGAGAAAGCCAGAGUCUUGACAUGAGAGAAAGAGAGGGUCAUCGCUACUAAGACAAACGCCUCCCCAAGUAAUUCACUCUCAUGGCCAUCAUAGGAACCAUCUUUUUCUUGCUUAUUGUUUUGCUCAUUAAUUUGAGGAGAAUAUUUUUUUAUCAGUGCUUUUUAUAGAAGUGGGAGUUUAUUUGGCACCAAAUAUUGUUCGGUCAUGCAAGUUGUGUAGAGCAAAGAGGCUAGAUGUAUUCUUUUGUGUAACUGAUGUACAGUCAUGCCUUUUGAAUAUGGAAGUGCCACCCUAAAAAAUGCACCCUAAAAGAAGGAGAUUGAAAAAAUGACUUAUGUCAUUUUGUAAAUAGCAGGGAAUUCCAGAAGUAUAGAUUAUUUAUUCCUAUGAAUUACAAUACUACUGCAUACUUUGUGGUUACGAUAUGGUAUUCUGGUCAUGAAAUGACAGUCUACAUGAACAAACUCACAUGAUAUUGACAUGGUCUUGGGCUGGCCCAUUCAGGGGCUGGCUUAGUUUGAAUGCACUCGCAUGCCUUUUGGGCUCAUGUUUAUGCCAUGCCUACUUUAUUUCAUCCUUGGUUUGAUAGAAAUCAGGGUGUGUCAAAAAGAAAAAUAUGCUCUAUAACUGUCCAAUCUGUUGCCUGAUGCACUUUCAACAAUCAUGGUGGAGAAGUUGUAGUGUUGUCUCCAUAUAUGGGCAUGGCCUGGUGGAUACAGCUAGGUUGUCUGGCAGGUGUAUGUGUUAGUUUCUAGUCUCCAGUUAAGAUGUAUUCAAAAUAGAGGCUAGGGAGGAAAUACACAAUAAAGAAAGCUUGUCAAACACUAUACUUUUAUAAAACCCAUAUAUUGGCAACCUCGUUGGGAGUUCUUCACCAGAACUGCACUAUGUGGAAUUCCUAGGUAAUGACCGUUUAGAAAGAGCUGUCUUAUGAAUCAAAUUAGUAUGAUUGGUGAAAAAAAAAAAAGAACUUGCACAUCUUUUUAGAUGUCCGUGGACAGUUGGUUUGAGUUAGCCCGUGUUGUAACAACUGAGUUUGUUCAAGCAGAAUUUAUUGAAGCGUCAUUAUGGCAAACAAAUCGACUUGUUUGCAUAUUAAAAGCCUUGACCCAAACAGCUGACAUGUAGAGGAAUGAAGGUACAGGACAGAUACUCACUGUGUAGGCAUAUACCAUAGAAUGAUGCAUACAGGCAUUGGCACUAUCUACUGAAUGGCAUAUUUAUUAACUUACACAUGUUUUUCAAUCUCCUUGUCUGUUAACAUUGUUAUUUGUCCUCCAGGUGUAAAGCGAUGUGGCUGAUGCUUAUUCAUCUCUGUCUGGCUUAAGCAGUUGCAUUCUUUAACUGUAUUAAUAAUGAAAUCAUGUACAUGUUUGGCACCUUUAUUGUAAAUGACAUUUUCUUUUAAGUCCAGUUUCUGGGUAUCUUGUUUGUUUGUUUUGUUAGUUUAACAGAAACAACCAAGCAUCUGCUUAAACCAAACUGUAAAUAAGCAACAGCUAAAGUCUCAUGUUGGAUUGUGUUUGUGCCAAGUGAUAGAGGAAGGCUACUUCAGCAGAUCACUCUGGAGCCCAAAUGUGCACUUUAUACUUUGCUGCUGUUUUUUCUGCUGUUUUGUUUGUUUCAUUUUGUACUUAAUUUCUGCUUUCCAUAUAGUUUCCCAAUAGCAGAAAGAAGUCAGAAAGCAUGUUUGGGUAGACACAAGAAGGUUUAAGCUAGAUUGUAACAUGUAGAUAUGCAUGCAGUGACUAUUGUGAUUUGUUGUCAUGUUAACCGUCAAUGUAAAGAUGAGUAAUAAAGUUGACACUAGGAAACCUA